AUGGAUCCGCAGAUCUCCAGAGCUCUGCUUCUGUUCAGUCUGCUCAGUCUGUUCGCUGCAGAUACUCAGAUCAGCAGGGCUUGUAAUGCUACCCAGCACAGAUUCAGAUCAGCACAGGGCUCACACUGGUGUUAUGAGUGCAGUGGCUUGGGGAAUUAUUGUCUGGAGAAACUAGGGAUUUGUCCCAUGGGAUUUUCCAAGUGCAUGAGUACAACAACAGUAUUACAGAUCGAUCCCCGAACUUACGCUCCCAAUGGAAGAGCAUGCUACUACUGCGAUGGGCAGGACUGCUCAAACACCGUCAGCUGUUCAGGGACUGAAGACCGCUGCAUUACAGCAACUUUGACUAACAGAGGCCCACCAAUGCUUGUAAAAGGCUGUGUCUCUAAAUAUAUUUGUGGGGCCCUAAAAUGUUCCUUUAUUCAGGACGUCUCAUGUUGUGAGGGGGACCUAUGUAACGGUGACAAGAGGGUCACCCAGGGCUUCAGAAAUAACGCUGAUGAAAGUGUCAACCAAAGUGUCACCCAGAGCAUCCUCCAGAGCUUCAUGCAUCCGGGAGCUAAGAGUGUCACCAAGAGAUUCGCGUACAACGAUGCUAAGAGUGUCAGGCAGAAAGUCACGUAUAAUGAUGCUAAAAGUGUUAACCAGAGCUUCCUGUUCCUGUGCUGUUCUCUGCUCUCCUACUUCCUGUGGCUCUGAAUCCAGCAGCUCCUCAGACAUGCUGUACACAGAAUAUAGCUCAUGUUUCUGCUGUGCAAUCUUUGUUUUAUUCUUGAACUAUCAUUUUAUUGUAAAGACGUCCAAAAACAUACUGCAGUAAUAAAGAUUAUUUCUUACAGAAAUCAUGAAAUCAUGUUCAGAAGAGACAUGCAUGAAAAUCAUUUGAAUAUUCAAAGCAGGAAAAAUCUCAUCUGUUCGGUUUUUCGUGAGUUUGUAUUAAUAUUUGCAUUUCCACUAUCAG